AUGGACUUGAAUCUCAAGGAAACUGAGUUAUGUUUGGGGAUGCCUGGUGGUGGAGGAGAUCACAAUAUUAAGAAAAGAGGAUUUUCACAAACUGUUGAUCUCAAACUCAACCUCGAUAAUCCUUCUAUGAACAUCAACAAUACUUCUUCUAACAAGGACUCUCUCAAGCCACCAACUAAGGCUCAAGUGGUGGGGUGGCCACCAGUAAGAUCAUUCAGAAAGAACAUAAUGUCUCAAAAAGGCAACAAUAAUGUAGAAAUUAGUGAGAAGGGAGAAAAAACAAUAGCAUUUGUGAAGGUCUCCAUGGAUGGUGCACCUUACCUUCGUAAGGUAGAUUUAAAGAUGUACAAAAGUUACCAACAACUCUCUGAUUCUUUGACCAAGAUGUUUAGCUCCUUUACUAUGGGUAAUUAUGGGUCCCAAGGAAUGAUAGAUUUUAUGAAUGAGAGGAAACUCAUGGAUGUCCUCAAUAGUUCUGACUAUGUACCUACCUAUGAAGAUAAGGAUGGGGACUGGAUGCUUGUUGGAGAUGUACCUUGGCAGAUGUUUGUUGAUUCAUGCAAGCGUUUACGCAUAAUGAAAGGAUCAGAAGCCAUUGGACUUGCACCAAGAGCCAUGGAGAAAUGCAAGAACAGGAGCUGA